AUGUUUACAGCUAGCAUGAAUCGCAUGGCUCCGGCUCCUGUGCGACGGCUGCUGCUUCAAAUGUCAGGACCGCCAAGGUGCAGAGCCAAAGAAGCUUCGGAACAGAGAUGGCUUCCCCUUCGCUACCCGCUGGCAGCUGCAAUCAUUGCUGGAACAUCCAGUGUGUCUGUGCUGCGAUGCGAGCCGACGGAGCAACGCCGUCCUGUCGGCAGAUGGCGCCUGGAGAAGGCGCAGAGCGAGUCCAUGCGGCCUUACUUCGCCGGGCUGGGCUUGCCUGGCUUUGUGGCCAGGAUCAUAGAUCACGUUCCUGUGGAAUUGCACAUCAGUGUGGAGGACAAGAUCCUGAAAGUUGUGGACAGGACUCUGUUUGGAGAGAACUGCACCACGAUCGAGCUUGGCGGCGCGGAAGUCGAGAAAGAGACCCGCAACAAGCGGAAAAAGUUCAUGCUCUCUGCCUUUGAAGACUUGUCGGAGGGCACGUCGCAGCUGACGGUGAAGUGUAGACUUUUCCAGCGGGGAGAUGGCUGGUACUCUCUACAGAGCUUCGCAGUCCUUCCAGAGGGCAGCCUGCGCGAAUGCUACACUUUGAAGCGGCCGGGCGCAGAGGAUGUCGUGGUGACACGCGUCUUCAGCAGCCUUGAUGGCAAUGUGUUCGCUCGGAAGGAGCCCAGACAAAAGAUUUGCCCUCGCGGGUGGUGGAGGUGA